UAAUCCAACUUCCACACGUAAAAAUGUAACUCACUUCACGCGCCUUCACUCAGUUUGAGUCCACCAAACUCAGUCGCUCUCCACAAUUCUUUGUUCUCUUUUUUCACUGCCUUUCUGAUGAGGCAAGAAUCAUUUUCAUAUUUACUCAUUCUUGCUGCUGCUUAGCCUUUUUCUUCAUCUCUCCAAAGACAAAUUAUUACUACUCUUCAACAAUAACGCCCACACGAUAAUGCCCCUUCACCCCGACCAUGAUUUUGAUUCGCCUUUUGCUGAGGCGGCUCCGAGUUUAUCCGAUUCGGACCUUCGAGAAACUGCUUACGAAAUUCUUGUUGCCGCGUGUCGGAGUUCCGGAUUAAAGCCGUUGACGUACAUCCCGCAGUCAGAGAGGACUCAACGGCAAGCUGCUCCGGCUUUGGCGCCCUCCCUGCAGCGAUCUCUGACUUCGACUGCUGCCAGCAAAGUUAAGAAGGCGCUGGGGAUGAAAUCGGUGAAGAAGAGAGAUGGUGAGUCGGUGAGUCAAGGGCGAGUUAAGCGUGCCGUCACGACUGGGGAGCUGGUGAGGCUGCAGAUGCGCGUCACCGAGCAGACUGAUUCCAGGAUCAGGAGGGCGUUACUGAGAAUUGCUUCUGGUCAGCUUGGGAAACGCAUCGAGUCAAUGGUUAUUCCGCUGGAGCUGCUGCAGCAGCUCAAGUCUUCGGAUUUUCCCAAUCAGCAAGAAUAUGAAGCUUGGAGGAGGCGACAAUUGAAGCUUCUUGAAGCUGGACUCCUUUUGCAUCCUCACCUCCCAUUAGAUAACACCAAUUCUGCUCCACAGCAACUUCGGCAAAUCAUAGAUAGAGCACUAGAUACUGGAAAGAACAAUGAAUCAAUGCAGGUUCUGAGAAGUGUUGUUACAUCUCUUGCUUGCAGGUCAGUAGAUGGGUCUGUUUCUGAGAAAUGCCACUGGGCAGACGGAUUGCCACUAAAUCUCAGAAUUUACCAAAUGCUUUUAGAAGCUUGUUUUGAUGUUAAUGAAGAAACUUCUGUUAUUGAAGAGGUUGAUGAGGUUCUAGAACUCAUAAAGAAGACAUGGGGGAUCCUUGGAAUUGACCAAAUGCUGCACAAUAUUUGUUUCUGCUGGAUUUUAUUUCACAGAUAUGUUGCAACUGGCCAAGUGGAAAGUGACCUUUUAUUUGCUUCCAAUAAUCUGCUGGUGGAAGUUGAAAAAGAUGUCAAGGCAACCAAGGAUGCAGAUUAUUCCGAGAUAUUGAGUUCAAUAUUGAGUACAAUAUUGCGUUGGGCUGAAGAAAGGCUUCUUUCUUACCAUGAUACAUUCCAGACUAAUAAUAUCAAUUCCAUGCAAACUGUUGUUUCUAUGGGGGUUCUAACAGCCAAGAUAUUAGUAGAAGAUAUCUCACAAGAGUCUCAUAGAAAGAAAAAAGAAGUUAAUGUGGCUCGUACAAGGGUUGAGAGUUACAUAAGAUCUUCUUUACGGAUUGCUUUUGCUCAGAAGUUGAAGGAAGUGAAAUCUAGCAAGCGUUCAUCUAAAAGUCAGCAAAAUAAUCUACCUCUUCUUUCCAUCCUAGCACAGGAUGCUAGUGAACUGGCUUUUGAUGAGAAAGCGAUAUUUAGCCCUAUACUGAAGAGAUGGCACCCUCUUGCAGCAGGCAUCGCAGUUGCCACCCUUCAUUCUUGCUAUGGAAACGAGUUGAAGCAAUUUGUCUCAGGAAUUUCUGAGUUGACACCUGAUACAAUUCAAGUGCUGUUAGCUGCUGACAAAUUGGAGAAAAAUCUUGUGCAAAUUGCAGUUGAAGAUUCGGUAGACAGUGAGGAUGGCGGGAAGUCAAUCAUUCAGGAGAUGCUUCCUUAUGAGGCUGAAGCUGUAAUUGCCAAUCUGGUGAAGUCGUGGAUAAGCAUUAGAGUGGAUAGACUGAAGGAAUGGGCUUACAGGAAUCUGCAGAAAGAGGUUUGGAAUCCAGGGGCAAAUAAAGAGCGAAUUGCUCCCUCUGCUGUUGAAGUCCUCCGGACUGUAGAAGAAACUUUGGAAGCAUUCUUUAUGUUGCCAAUACCUUCACAUUUGAUCUUGCUUCCUGAAUUAUUGGCUGGUGUUGAUGCAUGUCUUCAACAAUACGUAUUGAAAGCGAAAGCUGGCUGUGGGAGCCGAAAUACUUUUAUUCCCACUUUGCCUGCUCUGACUAGGUGUGGAACAGGAUCGAAAUUUGGUAUGUUCAAAAGAAAGGAAAAGUUGCAAUCAACACAGAAUAGGAAACACCAGGUUGGGACAGUAAAUGUGGACAACUCUUUUGGGAUACCACAAUUAUGUUGUCGCAUUAACACUUUCCAGCAUAUUCGAACAGAGUUGGGGGUCUUGGAGAAGAGGAUAGUUAACCAUAUAAGGAAUUCCAGAUCCACUCAUGCAGACAACAUUGUUAAUGAAAUGGAGAAAAAGUUUCAGCUUUCAGCUUCUGCCUGUGUAGAAGGGAUUCAACAACUCUGUAAGGCAACAGCGUACAAGGUCAUCUUUCAUGAUCUAAGUCAUGUUCUUUGGGAUGGCUUGUAUGUGGGGGAAGUUUCAUCAUCUCGGAUAGAACCAUUUCUUCAGGAGCUGGAGCACUAUUUGGAAAUUAUUUCAUCAACAAUGCACGACAGAGUCAGGACACGUGCAAUUACUGAUAUAAUGAAAGCUUCUUUUGAAGGGUUCGUGUUGGUUUUGCUUGCUGGAGGUCCUUCUCGAGCCUUCACUCUUCAAGAUUCUGAACUAAUAGAGGAGGAUUUUAAGUUUCUUACGGAUCUGUUCUGGUCCAAUGGGGAUGGAUUGCCGGCUGAAUUGAUAGAUAAGUUUUCAGUCUCAGUCAAACGUGUUCUCCCAUUAUACCAUAAUGACACCGAGACACUAAUUGAGCAAUUCAAACAUUUGACUUUGGAAAGUUAUGGUCCUUAUGGUAAAUCUGGACUUCCAUUGCCUCCAACCUCAGGGCAAUGGAGUCCCACAGAACCCAACACUAUCCUGCGAGUUUUAUGUUAUCGGAGUGAUGAGAUAGCUGCAAAAUUCCUGAAAAAGACCUACAAUUUGCCUAAGAAAUUAUGAUGAUAAGAUAAUCACAGUGGAGCAUUUCUAGCAGCUGUACAAUAUUCUUUACAUCACCAUAAAUCAAAAGUUCCUACAGGGAGGCAUUGGUUAAGGAUUGCACUAUGUAGACAAAAUAUACAGCUUUUAUAAGCUAGCUUAAUUGACUGGAUAUUUUUUAUCUUAGAAGCCUUUCUUUGCCAGUUAUCAAAGAAGAAAAUCAUGGAAUUGGCGCUUGGUGUACGGUACCAAUUGCAAUAAGACUUGAGGACUUGAAAAUAUUGAAGAGCAAGGUGAGGCUCUUUGGCUUCUUAAAUUUUUUUCCUGAGUUUUCCACUGAGGAAAGUGAUGAACUACAGGUUGCUAACAUGCAGGGUAUGUAAUUUGAAGAAAUUUGUUUCGGUUCUGUAGGUACAUUAUUAAUUUAUGUUUGUUAAAUAUUUACAGAUCUGUUGUGUAUAAUGAUCUUUGCUGGAAAUAUAAUGAAAUGCCUUUGCCCGUUAAAGCAGGCAAAAUUGCAGUUUGAAUA